AUGUCGUUCUCGUCUGCCCUGGCAGAGAGAGUGGCGUAUGAUUGGAAUCUUGAAUACAAGACUAUGAAUCCAGAUGGUCUUCAUCAAAGAAGAGUUAUUAGCAUAAAUGAUCAAUGGCCACCUGCUCCGGUCAAACUCAACAUCAACGACACACUUGUGAUUCACGUACAUAAUAAAUUGAAUGAACCUACCGUCAUUCAUGCACAUGGUAUCAACCAGAACAACCGCACAAACAUCUAUGAUGGCGCUGGCAUGGUGACUCAAUGUCCAAUUCCUCCCAGCUAUGAUUUUACCUACGAGUUUCCAGUAACACAAGCUGGCACAUUUUGGAUACACAGUCAUUUCAAGGUGCAGUACAUGGACGGUUUACGAGUACCCUUAAUCGUCUACGAUCCAAAUGAGCCAUUUGAGUAUGAUCAAGAUGAAAUCAUUACCGUUUCAGAUUGGUAUCAUGAAGAUUCAUACACAAACCUGGAGCAAUACAUGAACGAAGAUAACGUAGAGGGAGUAGAGCCCAUUCCUCAGUCUGGCUUAAUCAAUGAUCAUGCCAAUACCACAUUUCACUUCAAACCCGGAAAGACGUAUAGACUUCGUAUUAUCAAUAUGUCUGGCAUCGCUACCUUUGGGGUGAGCAUUGAUGGCCAUGACAUGCAAGUGAUUGAAGUGGAUGGUGUGCGAACUCAAGCCAAGCAUGUCCGUAGUGUGUAUAUGGCAGCAGGACAGCGUGUAUCUGUGCUAGUCAAGACAAAGAAUACCACUGACAGAAACUACCGUCUUCAUGCAGCUAUGGCACCUGUUAUGUUUGAUUAUAUCCCUGAUGAUCUUCAAUUGAAUAUUGAAGCUCCCAUUUAUUAUGACAAGAAAAAGCCUUUUGCUCCUCGAGAUGAUCCUAAUCUGAAAAAAGGAGACUAUGAUGAUGCGUUUACCCCUCCAUUGAUUGAAGCUCCUGCUCUGAAAGCAGAUCGUCAAAUCAACUUUACCAUUGAUUUCAUGGAGAACACAGAUGGACUCAAUCAUGGAGUCAUCAAUAAUAUCCCUUACUUGACUCCUCUCGUUCCUAGCUUGCACACACUUUUGAGUGUCGGUGAGUAUGCCAAUAACUCUGCUGUGUAUGGGCCUCAAAGUAUCACUCACAUGUUUGAAUUAAAUGAGGUGAUUGAACUUGUGAUUAAUAACCUUGAUGAUGGACCUCAUCCUUUCCAUUUGCAUGGCCAUGCUUUCCAGGUGAUUGCUCGUGGCAGUGGCAUCUAUUCAAAUCAAACCAUUGACGUACCCAGCAACCCAACAUACCGUGAUACAAUCGGUGUUCCUUCAGAGGGCUUCGUAGUGAUCCGAUUCAGAGCUGAUAAUCCAGGCGUUUGGUUUUUUCAUUGCCAUGUUGAUUGGCAUUUACCUGCUGGUUUGGCAGCUACAUUCAUCACUGCUCCCGAACUAGCUCAAGAAACCAUGACAUUACCCCAAGAAUGGAUUGAUAUGUGUAUUGCAGCUGGUCAGCCAGGUACAGGCAAUGCUGCUGGAAAGGAGGGCUUAGAUUUAGAUGGUGCACCAGAUGGCGUUCGUCCUAUUCAGAGCACUUUGAUGAUGAGUGUGCUUAUUGCUACAUUGGUGGGUAUGAGUACCGUGAUUUGGCAUGUCUGGGUUGACCCAGGAGCUGAUGAGGAUGAGAAUGAAGAUGAUGAGCAGAUCAAGAUGAAUAAAAAGCCAUUGCUGCAAUAUCAACAAGGUUAA